UGUCUGGACCCUGGAUAGCACGUUCAAAGGUUAAUUAUUAAUGGGCAGCCUUCCCUAACAAAGUAUCGAUAGGCAAUCUGGUCUCUUCAGCUUCAGAAAUUAACAAGAAGACCUCGGACCUAGGUGAGGCAGGAGAAAUGGACAGUCCCAUGUGUGUCUCUGUUUUCUUCAUUUUGUGCGUCUGGAUCCAAUCAAGUGCCCUUGGACAAAGCCUGGGACCAGAGCCAUUUCUGAGAAGUUCUCAAGAUGUUGAAACAAAGGAAACACUGCAGGAGAUGAAGAGUAGAUUUCUGCUCUUUGAAGAAGCUGAUAAAGGCUGUCAGAUUCGGCCCUAUCACCCCAACACGUUACAGGAAUGUGGUUUCAACGCCUCCCGGCCGCUGGUGAUGAUAAUCCACGGGUGGUCGGAAUCUGUGCAAUUUUCUCGAAGCAAUGUUCAUCUCAUUGGGUACAGCCUGGGUGCACACGUCUCAGGAUUUGCUGGUAGUUACAUUGGCGGAACACACAAGAUUGGGAGAAUUACAGGGCUAGAUGCCGCGGGCCCCUUGUUUGAGGGAGCUCCCCCCAGUGACCGUCUUUCGCCAGAUGAUGCCAGUUUUGUAGACGCCAUCCACACCUUCACGCAGGAGCACAUGGGCCUGAGCGUGGGCAUCAAAAGGCCAGUGGCCCACUAUGACUUCUACCCCAAUGGAGGCUCCUCCCAGCCUGGCUGCCACUUCCUGGAGCUCUACAAACACUUCGCCAAGCAUGGCUUAAAUGCCAUCACCCAGACCAUCAAGUGUGCCCACGAGCGAUCCGUGCACCUCUUCAUCGACUCCUUGCUACACGGCAGCCUGCAGAGCACAGCCUACCUGUGUAGCGACAUGGGCAGCUUCAGCCAGGGCCUGUGCCUGAGCUGCCAGAAGGGCCGCUGCAACACGCUGGGCUACCAUGUCCGCCAGAAGCCACAGAGCAAGAGCAGAAGCCUCUACCUGGUGACUCGAGCCCAAUCCCCAUUCAAAGUUUAUCACUACCAGUUCAAGAUCCAGUUCAUCAACCAAAUGGAGAAGCCAGUAGAACCCACUUUCACCAUGUGGCUUCUCGGAGCCAAGGAGGAAAUGCAGAAAAUCCCCAUCACCCUGGGCGGAGGAAUUACAAGUAAUAAAACCUACUCCUUUCUAAUCACUCUGGAUGUUGAUAUCGGCGAACUGAUCAUGAUCAAGUUCAAGCAGGAAAACAGCGCCAUAUGGGCCAACGUCUGGAACACAGUCCAAACCAUCAUCCCAUGGGGCACAGAGCCCCACUACUCAGGUCUCCUUCUGAAGACCAUCAAAGUCAAAGCAGGAGAAACCCAGCAAAGAAUGACAUUUUGCUCAGAAAACACGCAGGAUCUACUACUUCACCCAGCCCAGGAGAAAAUCUUUGUGAGAUGUGAAGUCAGCUCUAAAAAACGGAAGCAAAAGAUCAGAUGAGCCCUCUUGAAGAUCCAGUGUAAAGAAUAAACGAAUCUUAUUCCUCAUCUGGGGUGUAACAAACCCCCAACAAAGUAAUAUGAAGAAUUUUGCAUAAAGUUUAAAAGUAAAGGAGGCACGUUUCACUAUUGUAA